CUUCAAGCACGACCCGGGCACCAACAACAUUCUGCAACUGGUUAAAUCUCCAGGUGACAUCCAGGAGGGAGACCUGGUGGAGGUGGUGCUCUCUGCGGCAGCCACCUUUGAAGAUUUUCAGAUUCGACCCCACGCACUCAACGUGCAUUCGUACCGAGCCCCGGCCUUCUGUGACCACUGUGGAGAGAUGCUGUUUGGACUGGUCCGACAAGGGCUGAAGUGUGAUGGAUGUGGCCUUAACUACCACAAGCGCUGCGCGUUCAGCAUCCCGAACAACUGCAGCGGAGCUCGUAAAAGACGCCUGUCCACCACCUCUCUGAGCAGCAGCCAGUCUCUGCGUCUCUCCACCACCGAGUCGGUCUACAGCGUGGGCUCAACCUCCACCUGCAAUGAGGAAACCAGUCUUAUUCGCUCUCACACACAAAUGCCGCGAACUGCCAGUGAUGUGCGACGGUUCUACACAGGCAGACCUGUCCAUUUGGACAAGAUGCUGAUGACCAAGGUGAAGGUUCCCCACACGUUUGCUGUUCACUCGUACACCCGGCCGACGGUGUGCCAGUACUGCAAGAAGCUUCUCCGAGGGCUGUUCAGGCAGGGUCUGCAGUGCAAAGAUUGUAAGUUCAACUGUCAUAAACGCUGUGCGUACAAAGUUCCCAAUGACUGCCUUGGAGAGACCAUUGAAGACAACAGAAGUAACUGUGGAAUAUUGAGUCCCUCAGCGGACCAUGAAGUACCCAUGGACUUCAGCAGUGAGUACGACGCCUCAGACAAGUCUUCAAUGGAAGACUCAGAUGAGUCCUGUAGUAUCCCUGGGUCCUUCUCUCCUGACAACAACCAGGGCGGAACCAGCGGAGACCAAAGCGUUAACAUCCCGUUGAUGAGGGUGGUUCAGUCAGUGAGGCAGACAACUCGGCGAUCCAGCACAUCUAUCAAGGAAGGAUGGAUGGUUCACUACAGCAAUAAGGACACACUGAGGAAAAGGCACUACUGGCGUCUGGACUGUAAGUGCAUCAUCCUGUUUCAGAACAACACCUCCAACAAAUACUACAAGGAAAUUCCUUUAUCUGAGAUUCUGCAGGUGCGUCCUGCCACCGACUUCACACUCGUCCCACAAGGCACCAAUCCGCACUGCUUCGAGCUCAUCACCGGCACUAUGUGCUACUUUGUGGGAGAGGACCCCAACACCCUCCCCUCUGUAUCCUCUAGCAACUCCCAGACUGUCCCUCGGACACCUCCCUCCCCCAACAUGGUGCAGCCUAACAGUGGCAUUGGGCGGGAGGUGGCGAACACCUGGGAGAGCGCCAUUCGCCAGGCUCUCAUGCCCGUCAUAUUUCAGGACGCCCCCCCGGCCGAAGGGAACACACCUCACAGACAAGCCUCCAUAAGCAUAUCUGUGUCCAACAGUCAAAUCCAAGAGAAUGUGGAUAUCAGCAUGGUGUAUCAGAUUUUUGCUGAUGAAGUACUAGGAUCUGGGCAAUUUGGAAUAGUGUAUGGAGGGAAGCACAGGAAGACAGGAAGAGACGUCGCCGUCAAAGUCAUCGAUAAGCUUCGAUUUCCCACCAAGCAGGAGAGCCAGCUGAGGAACGAGGUGGCCAUCCUGCAGAGUUUACGCCACCUGGGCAUCGUGAACCUGGAGUGCAUGUUUGAAACCCCAGAGCGAGUGUUUGUGGUGAUGGAGAAGCUGCAUGGCGACAUGCUGGAGAUGAUCCUCUCCAGUGAAAAAGGCAGACUGCCGGAAAGACUCACUAAAUUCCUCAUUACUCAGAUUCUUGCAGCUCUCAGACACCUCCACUUCAAGAACAUCGUUCACUGUGAUCUGAAGCCAGAGAAUGUGCUGCUUGCCUCUGCUGACCCUUUCCCACAGGUGAAACUGUGUGACUUUGGUUUUGCCCGAAUUAUUGGUGAGAAGUCCUUCCGCCGCUCCGUGGUUGGCACACCUGCUUACCUGGCUCCAGAGGUUCUGCUGAACCAGGGCUACAAUCGCUCUCUGGACAUGUGGUCAGUGGGUGUCAUCAUGUACGUCAGCCUCAGCGGGACGUUCCCGUUCAACGAGGAUGAGGACAUCAACGACCAGAUUCAAAAUGCAGCCUUCAUGUACCCUACCAACCCCUGGAACCAGAUCUCCAAAGAUGCAAUCGACUUGAUCAACAACCUGCUGCAGGUUAAGAUGAGGAAACGUUACAGUGUGGACAAAAGCCUCAGCCAUACCUAUUUACAGGACUACCAGACGUGGCUGGACUUGCGGGAGCUGGAGGCCAAACUCGGUGGGCGUUACAUAACCCACGAGAGCGACGACAGCCGCUGGCAGAUGUACGCUCAGCAACACAGUCGGUCUUACCCGCCUCACCUCGUGCCUCCUCGCCCAGCGUCGGCCUCCGAUGAUGAGAACGGGGAUUCCGAUAUGCAAGGCCUCACCGAGAGGGUCAGCAUCCUCUGA